GGGCUCUAAACAAUACCUAAAUCUGCUUCUUGAUAUGAUAUCAGAACAGAGCUAUUGUCAAAAAUUUGACUUAUGAGAAAUCAUGGUUCGGCUGACCUUGAAUCUAAUUGCCAAAAGCAGCAAUCAUAAGCUCCGAAAAGAAGAAGCCACUUCACAAUACCUGAAGAAAAUAACUCAUAUCAAUUUUUCAGGAAAAAAUAUAGAUGAGAUUGAUAAUCUCUCCCUCUGCAAGAGUCUUAGUGUUUUAUAUUUGUAUGAUAAUCAUAUAAGUCAAAUCUCUAACUUGAAUUAUGCUACAAAUCUGACCCACCUGUAUCUACAAAACAAUCGUAUUACAUGCAUUGACAACCUCAGGUCAUUGAAGAAACUGGAAAAACUGUAUCUGGGAGGCAAUUACAUCGCUGUUGUAGAAGGUUUAGAAGGUUUGGAAGAACUGAGAGAGUUGCACAUUGAAAGUCAGAGGCUUCCCCUUGGAAAAAAGCUUCUGCUGGAUCCAAGAACUCUUAAUUCUCUAUCAAAAUCCCUCUCUGUAUUGAAUAUCAGCAAUAAUAAUAUUGAUGACAUAAAAGACUUAGAAAUCCUAGAGAAUCUUAAUCAACUCAUAGCAGUGGACAACCAACUUCAACAUGUGAAGGAUUUAGAGAAUUUACUGGAAAAGUUGGUGAAGAUGUGGAAAUUGGAUCUAAAAAGGAAAUCUGUUUGCAUCAAACAAAAAUACAGAGACAGACUAAUAUUGGUGUCCAAAUCACUGGAAAUUUUGGAUGGAAAAGAAAUUAAAAAUAUGGAAAGACAAUUCCUAAUGAAUUGGAAAGCAUCCAAGGAUGCCAAGAAAAGUAUCAAGAAAAAGAAUGAGAAGCACAAGGAUGAAAGUACCUCCUACUUAAAUAACUUGGAAACAAUGCAUAACAUAGUUCCUGUGUAUUACCCACAGGAGGGUAAGCCAAAAUUAAUCUUUUUCUCAGAUGUAUCAAGACAUUCUACACAUGGAAGUUCAGAAAGAAGAUAAUAAAAUUGUAGAAGAGAUCGGAAUCUCCUUCAAGGAAUCUGAACUUUUGCCUGCUGACAGAAGGAAAAACAUGUUCACGAACCUCACCUUCUUUCUACCCCCAAAGUAAAAAAAAACCUGUGAAUAAAAACUGAGCAAAUGCCUUCUUAAA